AUGCCUACGACAAAUUGCAAUCCAAAUGGUCUCAAGUCACACACAACAAGAGAUAUAAGUCUCAUUACCGAUUCAAAGAAAGACUUCUAUACAAAUCAAGAGAAUUUCCUUGGUGUCAUGUUUACAUUGUUAACGAGGAGAUUAAUUGAAGUACAAGAAUCAGUGGAUUACUAUGAUGAGUUUAUUGAAUGGUUACAUAUUUUGGAACAGUUGCAGGCCAAGUAUCAAGAUGUUAAUCAUCAUGUGAUGAUUCGAGUAUUUAAUGAUCCCUCUCUCAUGAUUUGGAAUUCGAGUAAGAGAUAUUUGUUUGAAAUUCAAGAAGAGUGGAAUGGGUACAAUAUUGUUCCGUCACAAAUUGUGGAUUUUGAUAGUGUGAAAAAUUUGAAUGAUGAUGAAGUGGUGAACAAGUAUUGCUUAAUGUUUAAUAAUUGUGAGAAAUUGGUUUUCAAGCCAUUAAUAUCGGCUGGGUCUUUCAAUACUUUUGUUAUUGGAAAAUCAAGAGAGACGAACGACAAAGCAUCAGUCGACUAUUUAACAAAUAGAGAGGAAAAUUUGAAAAUUAUUCGAAAGGAUCUUUCUGAAUCAUGUCAGUCUAAACACAGGGAUAGAAAGUUAUAUAUUGUUCAACCAUUUUUGGAUUGCAUAGUCAAUGACGGUGAAUAUAGUUUUUUUUAUGUGAAUGAAAAACUGUCACACACGCUCCAAAAGAGACCUAAAGAUGGAGACUUUAGGGUGCAAGGAGAAUUUGGAGGAUCCAAUACAUAUGCAGACUUGAGCCGAUUUAAUGAAACAAUCCUAGCAAAUGGACAGCACUUAUUUGAAAAGAUUAAAAAAGAGAAAUCUCCAAAUUCUUUCAUAUUGUACUGCAGAUUGGAUGUUGUCAUUGAUUGGAACUCAAAUAACAUCAGCAUUUGUGAAUUAGAGUUAUUGGAGCCUCACUUGUACUUUGAGACCAUCAAUCCAAAUGAUCCUUCAGUUGCCAUCCAAAAGGAGAAUGAACUCUAUGACUCAGUUGUGAAACAUAAUAUUGCUUAA